AUGUGCGCCUUCUUAUUCGCUACUUACGCAAUUGUGGAAUCGUGGAAGACAUAUGACGAGAGUUCAAUCGACACGGUGGUCGAAACAACUUUUUUUAGCUACGCCAAUAUAGCGUUUCCAAUGGUGGUGAUAUGUGACAGUUCAAGAGUGGAUUGGCAACGCGUAACCCAAUUAACGGCCCAGGACGUGCCGGAUAUCGAUCCAAACCUGUUGCCUGCCGUAAGGAAAGUGUUGAAAACGUUCUCGGUGAUAUCGUACGGAGAUUUCGACGAAUUCGAAGAGUUGAAGAAUGUGACGGAACUUUCGAAGCUCAACCAUCUCAACCUAACCGAACUAUUAUUGAAGGUGAUGAGGCCGUGCAACGAAGUGUUUUGCUGUGGAGGUUGUUGGUGGAAAUUCAAACCGGUAAAUUGUUGUGACAUAUUUGAACUGCAGCGCACCGAAUUUGGCCUUUGCUAUUCCUUCAAUUCUGAUUUUUCAGAGUAUGGAAGAGCGAGAGUAGGUGAGAACUCWGGUCUUAUCGGAACGUUUUGGCAAACUGAGUCCGGUGAAUCCCGACCUAGGAAAACGAGCAAUAAGGGCCAAUGGUCAGGCGUCAGGUAA